GUCUGGUGAAGUUGGGGCCGGGGGGCUGGGGUGGGUGCAGCCCCCUCUCUGCUUCCUGCCCAUCUGAGGGACUGCCCCGCACCAGGGCCAGCAGGCCAGCAGGUUCACGGAGGCCAGAGGGUCUCCCAGCAACCUGUUGCCUCUGGUGUGAGUCUGGCAGGAGGUAACCCAGCCCCCAGGAGGGUGGAGGCUGGGAGGGCGGGUCCCCCUUUCUCCAGCUGGACCACUGCCCACCUGACAGUCAGGGCUCCCGGGAGCCUCCCGCCCCCUCCGCCGUCAUAAAAGCACCCCCAGGGCCCCGCCUGGGUCAGUGUGUCCACCACAGCGGCUUCACCAUGCACAGCUGGGGGCGCCUGGCGGUUCUGGUCCUCCUAGGAGUGGUGGCCUGUGCGGCGCAGCCCCGCGGUCGGAUCCUGGGCGGCAGCGAGGCCGUGGCCCACGGGCGGCCCUACAUGGCGUCGGUGCAGGUGAACGGCGUGCACCGGUGCGGCGGCGUCCUGGUGGCGGAGCAGUGGGUGCUGAGCGCGGCGCACUGCCUGGAGGACGCGGCCAACGAGAAGGUGCAGGUGCUCCUGGGCGCGCACUCCCUGUCGCAGCCGGAGCCCUCCAAGCGCCUGUACGACGUGGUCCGCGCAGUGCCCCACCCGGACAGCCGGCCCGGCUCCAUCGACCACGACCUCCUCCUGCUGCAGCUGUCUGAGAAGGCCGUGCUGGGCCGUGCUGUGGGCCCCGUGCCCUGGCAGCGCGUGGACCGCGACGUGGCGCCGGGCACCCUCUGCGACGUGGCCGGCUGGGGCACAGUCACCCACGCGGGCCGCCGGCCCGACCUCCUGCAGCACGUGCUCCUGCCGGUGAUGGACCGCGCCGCCUGCAACCGGCGCUCGCACCACGACGGCGCCAUCACCCAGCGCCUCAUGUGCGCGGAGAGCAACCGCCGGGACACCUGCAAGGGCGAUUCCGGGGGCCCGCUGGUGUGCGGGGGCGUGCUCGAGGGCAUAGUCACCUCCGGCUCCCGCGUUUGCGGCAACCGCAAGAAGCCCGGGAUCUACACGCGCGUGGCGAGCUAUGCGGCCUGGAUCAACAGCGUCCUGGCCUAGGGCGUAGGGGCCUGCGGGUCAGGGUCACCCCAGCAAUAAAGUCCCCAACAAUAAAGUUAUCCACUCCUGCA